AUGGCGGCGAUCGAUGUCGUCGACGUUCGGACCGACAUGAGGCUUCAGAGGUUCGACGGUACGGACGAGAGAUGGGCAGACUGGAGCCUCAGGUUCGAGGCCUACACCGCGCUGCUUGGCAUGGAGGACCUCAUGACGGAGGCGGCCAACAGGCGCGACCCACUGGCAACGGACCAGCUGGGGGACCAGGCGAGAGCGGUCAGCCAUAGGCUCUGGCAUCUGCUGAUCACGUGGUGCGACGGCAAGUCGCUGGGUGUGGUCAAGCUCUCGAGGAAGAAUGGCCUGGAGGCGUGGCGGCAGCUCAAGAUCGAGUAUGAGAGCAAGUCGGGCAACAGGUGGACGGCCAUGCUGCGCUUCAUCCUGAACCCUCAGGACAAGUGGGCGAAGGAUCGGGAGUCGGGCAUCGACUUCUUUCAGUCUCUCACGGCGUGGGAGGCCAUCGUCGCAGAGUACGUGGACCAGAGCGGCGAGGCGGUCUCGGACAACGUUCGGGUCAGCGUGCUGCUAGAGCACGCGCCAGAGCCGUACCGCGAGGUCCUUCGGCAGGCGCCGGAGGAGGUGAAGCUCACGUUCGCAGCGGCACGGAGUCACAUCAGGGGCUACUACAAUCAAGGGCGGACGUUCACCCACGUCCCAGACACUGGCGGGGUCGUGCCGAUGCAGGUGGAUGCAGUUCGAGUUGGACCGCAUGGCGGCAAGUCGCACGGGAAGUCGGGCAAGACAGGCAAGAUGGACAAGUCAGUCAAGGCUGGCAAGAAUGUGAAGGGCUGCAAGGACUCGAAGACGAAGUCCAAGAACCGCGACGGCAAGCAGGGCCAUGGCAAGGGCCAGUCCGACUACUUCGACGGCGAGUGUGGCUACUGCGGCAAGUGGGGCCACAAGCGGGCCGACUGCAGGAAGAAGAGGGCAGAUGAGGCCAAGAAGGAGACUGGCAACACGCGCGCGGUUCAGGGAGAUGGAUCGGCCUCGAGCUCGGGACAGCAGCAGUCCGAGGGCGGGGUCCGCGCCGCGUCGGGCUACUACGACGGCGUUCCCGACGGCUGGGUGUUUGCGGUCUCAGCGGCGACGAGCGGCCAGGUGGCGAAGGUUGGAGGCUCCAUCCUGAUCGACAGCGGCAGCGACGACCACCUGUGCAGGCACAAGUUCGUCCCAGAGGCCCCAGUCAACAGUGCGACGGAUGCCCCCAGGCUUUUCGACGUGCAGCAGCGACCGCUGCCCACAGCGGGCCUACGGGGUGUUGAGAUGACGAUGCAGGAGGGCAUCAAGGCGACGGCGAACUUCCUCGUUGCCGAUGUGAAUGACGACCUGCUGAGCAUGGGCAAGCUGCUCAGGCAGGGAUUCAGGUUCAACCUCAGUAUGGAGGACGGGCUCUACAUGACGAAGGGUCACCGCAGCGUGCAGCUCGAGUUGGAGCGGAACAGCCUUAGGCUCCCGAUCCAGCAGGCAGCGACGGCACCAGUGCUCACGGCGGAGAGCUCGGUCGGCGCGAUGAGGACCAGGCUGAGGGAGCUGUUCAUGCCGAUCUACGGCGCGAAGUUGGAGCUGUGGGAGCGGCUCAUUGUGGCAGAGGCGGCUGCCGGGCGCUCGGAGGCGGAGAGGCUGCGCAAGCUGGCGGUGAAGGAGCAGCUCGGGAUUCAGCGCGAUCCAGUCGAGCCGAAGCAGCUUCCAGUUCCGAAGGCCCCGAGCGCGGAGGAGGAGAGACAGCAUCGCCUCACGCACCUCCCUGCUGCUCCGUGGUGCGAGGAGUGUGUCAGGGCCAAAGCUCCUGAUGCACCUCACUCGCUGGUCAGGCUCGAGGACUCAGAGCAGAAGCACCCACUCAUCAGCUACGACUUCGGCUUCUGCAAGACAGCCGACGAGGAAGGGGACCUGACCAAGGUAGAGGACGCCUACGCGACGAUGCUGGUGGCGUUCAGCUCUGACACUGGAGUGGUGAAGGUUAUUCCGUGUGCGUCAAAGGCAGCUUCACCAUACGCCAUUGCAGGCAUCAAGUCCUUCGUGCAGAGGCUCGAGACGGGCAAGUGCAGGCUCAGGACGGACACGGAGCAGGCGACGAAGGCCAUCAUGGACGGCGUGGUCAGCGAGCUCGCGGGCAAGGUCACGGCAGAGCUGACCCCCAAGCACAGCGGCCAGUCGAACCCAGCGGAGGCAGCGGUGAAGAUAGUCGAGGGCCAGACGAGGGUUCUUAGGCUGGACCUCGAGAAGCGCUACGACACGAAGACGGUGCUGUAUCGGAUUGCGCGUCCUGCGCAUCGAGGUCUCACUGGAGGUCGGCGUCUGCAUCGAGGCGAGGCUCAGUGGGGCAAAGGGAUCUGGGUCGGCAGGUCGGACGAGUCGCAGGAGCACCUGGCGAUGACGCCUCGGGGGCUUGACCGCGCACGGACGGUGCGACGGCUCCCUGAGGGAAGGCAGGCUGACAAGGAGCUCCUCAUGACGGUGACGGGGCUGCCUUUGGCUGCGAGGACGGCCCCCGAGAGGUCGAAACGCAGGCGGGCGCCUCAGCAGAUCGCGACGGAGCUACCGAGGGCAGAAGGACCUCUUCAGCCUGACGCUCCCCAGCCGCAGCAGGCAGGACAGCCAGAGGGCGGAGCAGCGCCUGCUCAGCCUCAGGCACCGCAGCAACCACCCCCGCCGGCAGCGGCAGCGGCUCAGCAGCCGCAGCCCCCAGCACCAGAGCCGCCGGCGCCCAGGGAUGUGGCGGUGGGGGCGGCGCCCUCGCAGGCAGCGAGACGUGGGGUCUCGCCAGCAGCAGAGGUCUCCGAAGGCAAGCGAGCACGAGUUGCAGCGGUUCACGCGCUGGAGGUUGGCAACGUGGAUGACUCGCCUGACGCGUUCUGGGAGGAGGUCUCGGAUGAGGUGGAGGACCCGACGGAUGGCAUGUUUGACGUGGACAUGCAGGAUGAGCUGGACAAGAAGCUCACCAUGGAGCACCUGCAGAGCCUCCUGGACCAUGGAGUCGGCGAGGACAUCGCCAAGUCGAAGGCGAAUGGGAUGAAGCACAUCACCACGCGCUGGGAGAGGCAAUGGAGAUGGAAGCCAGGCUUCCGCGACGAGCUGAAGCAGCAUGUGACCUUCAGCGGCGGGGAAAUCCACGAGUACGGCACCACCUACGAGCACCUGAAGAGGCUGAGGACGAGGUACGAGCACGGCACAGAGCUGCAGGCCAACCCGAAGUACCUCGACUACGUGGUGGGGACCCUCAACCUCGGCGGGUCCAACACGGCUCCCACUCCUGGAGUGCCAGCACACAAGGCGCUCAUGGGGAGCACUCCUACUCUCUCUCAGCAGCAGGCUGGCGUCUACCGCUCAUGCGUGGGGGCGCUGAUGUACUACGUCCAGGACAGGGCGGACUGCCAGUGCGAGGUCAGCUUGCUGGGCAGGAUGCUAUCAGGCCCCACCGUCGGCGCCUUCACUGCGCUCAAGAGGCUCGUGAGAUACCUGCUUGGGACGAGGAAUGCGGUGAACUGGCUACCGAGACCGACGGAGGGCACGAACGUGGAGCUAGUGGGCUUUGGUGACAGCGACUGGGCAGGCGACUUGCAGACGAGGAGGUCCCAGUCGAGCGGCAAGAUCGAGAUCGAUGGUGUUCCCAUGCACUCGUUCAGCAGGCGCCAGAGCAUCGUGGCCACUAGCUCAGGAGUUGCUGAGUACUAUGCGGCGACGGCGGUCGCCGAGGAUUUGCUCUACUUCAAGUCACUUCUUGAGUUCAUGGGCUUCACGGUGGCAGCCACCCUGCUGACGGAUUCGUCAGCUGCGCGAGGCAUUGCCCGACGUGAAGGAGUUGGUAAGGUGCGGAGUCUUGAGGCUCGAGUUCUUUGGCUUCAGCAGGCGAUCAAGAGGAAGCUGAUGGACCUCGGGACUGUCGGCACCGACGACAACAAAGCGGACCUGGGCACGAAGAUCCUUGGACACGAUCGCUUCGUCAAGCUCAGGACGCUCAACGGCAUCUACACGGACAUGGGCCAGGUCGCGGAGAGUGACCAUCAGUCGGAGGAGGUGGACUUCGACGUGGGGGCGGCAGCACGGGUCAGGAGCUCGAGAACUUCUACGAGCUCACUCGGUGCUAGUCGCUCGGCGGCCCUGGCUAUGAUCACAGCGGCGGCGACGCUCCUGCAGGGCUGCGAGGGCCAGGUCGCCGACCAGAGCAACUACUACUACGACACGGAGGUCUGCUCCAGGGAUGGCAUGGCCACGAGCGACUGGACAGGUUUCCUGAUGAUGGUGGCUGUCUGGACACUGAUCGUGGCGGCCAUCAGCGGCUACGCGGGGUUCCGCUACGCCAGCAUGCGGGACUCGGACUGGCUCCUGGUCUCGCCCGAGCCCAAUGAGAUGACAGAGGAGACCACCCACACAGACAAGAUGGAGGAUCCGCUUCCAGGCGUGCCAGCCUCACUGGUUAUGAUGCGACCGAGUCAGCAUACCAGGAACGUGAGCACGCAGUCCCAGAUGACCUACAAGUGGAAGUGGGCGGUCCCUCGAUUCCAACCAGUCCAGGACCACGCGCACGGUGCCUUCCUUGAAGUGCGUGUGGACAAGGCCAAGGGACUUCUUUUGAACUGA